GUGGAGUUCGGUGGAGUAAAGUUGGAUGUACUAUACCAUUUUUUUCUCUCAAAUUAGCCAGGAUACACUACAAUGUCAUAGCAGCAAGAUCAUAAGAAUUCUAAAAGAAACCUGAUUUUAUCAUAGAACACGAGCAUUGAUAUAUCGAUAAUGGCCGAUGUAAGUGAAGAAUCGUUGUUGGAUUAUUUCUACUCAACCGGAGGGAAAGUAAAAAAUGCAGAUUUAAUGAAAACAUACAAGCCUUUUAUUGGUCACAAGGACAUGGAGCUGCGUGCCAAAUACAGAGAGGAGUUCAAACAGAUCAUCGACAGGAUUGCUGUUGUGAAAUCAGAGAAUGGUGAGAAGUACCUAGUUCUGAAGAAGAGAUACCGGCAGCAGAAGCAGGACAGUGAGACAGAGCCUGGGACAGACAGACAGGCCAGCCCUGCCAGGCCAUCGGCCUCAGCCCAGUGGGAUGGGUCAGGGGUCUCAUCUCUCUCCAGUGCCCAGAUGGAACCAGACCUCCAGCCUGAACCGGCCAAGCGGGCAGAGGAGAGGAAGCCUUCCCGGGUGACGUGGUGUGGAAGAGGCCCCAGCAUUACUGUCACAGAGGCACCCGAGCAGGAGCACAUGCAAGAGGAUCAGCACACUGAGAGAAAACCCUCACCGUCUGUUUCGGAGGAACCUCUUGUGCACAGCAAAGGGGAGAAUGAUCUAGACAGAGAAUCAGGGUCAAAGUCAGAGUCCGAAGAGCAGGAAGAGGAGUGUACGGGCAGUAUGGGCUCCACCCCAGUGGCUCUGGACCCUGUGGAGAAGGAAUGGAUCUACUCUGCUGCAUGUGGCUGUCUCUCUGACCUCGCCCAGCUGCUACAACAGGAGCCCUCCCUGGCCAACAAGAAGGUCUGGGUGCCAUUUACAGCUCUACACUGGGCAGCCAAACAUGGCAAAGAGGACAUGGCUGCCAUGAUGGCCAAUGCAGGGGCUGACGUCAACACUAAAUCUGGCUAUACACCCCUGCAUAUUGCAGCAUUGCAUGGCCAUCGAAACAUUUUGGAGCUGCUCAUUGGAACAUAUGAUGCGAAGGAGAACCUCCGGGACUACAGUGGCCAUCUUGCAUGCCAGUACCUGAACAUCAGGGAGACUACAGAGGAUGACAGAGCAGCUCCAGAGGAGAUACAAUUCCCUGAGUUCCAUAUGGCCCAGGCCAGAGAACGCAGCAGGAACAGGAAGUUGACCUCGUUGUUCCAGUCCAAGAAGAAGUGGGGCUCAGCGGAGGAGCUAGCCCCUGUAGAGGAGGAAAAGGUGGCACUUGCACCGCAUCAACUCAUCGUCCCCGCAUUCAGACCCAGGAAAUUCUCACGCUGAGAAAGUAGGUAACCAAAUGCCCCAACAUGCAUUGAUGAAAUAAGUACAUGUUCAGUCAGUGUAUGUUUAUUUGAAUUUGAAUGUAUGGUUUUAUGGUAUGUAUGCUUGUGUGUCUCGUGCCUUCAGAAAGUAUUCAGACCCCUUGACUUUUUCCACAUUUUGUUACAUUACAGCCUUAUUCUAAAAAUUAUUAAAUCGAUUUUCCCCCUAAUCAUCUACACACAAUACACCAUAACGACAAAGCAAAAACAGGUUUUUAGAAAUGUUGCUAAUUUUUUAAAACGGAAACAUCACAUUUACAUAAGUAUUGAGACCCUUUACUUAGUACUUUGUAGAAGCACCUCUAGCAUCGAUUAUUCUUGGGGAUGACGCUACAAGUUUGGCACACCUGUAUUUGGAGUGUUUCUCCCAUUCUUCUCUGCAGAUCCUCUCAAGCUCUGUUAGGUUGGAUGGGGAGCGUUGCUGCACGGCAAUUUUCAGGUCUCUCCAGAGAUGUGUGAUCAAGUCUGAGCUCUGGCUGGGCCACUCAAGGACAUUCAGAGACUUGUCCUGAGCGCUUUGUAGCAGGUAUUCAUCAAGGAUCUCUCUGUACUUUGCUCUGUUCAUCUUUAUCUUGAUCCUGACUUGUCUCCUAGUCCCUACUGCUGAAAAAUAUCCCCACAGCAGGAUGCUGCCACCACCAUGCUUCACCGUAGGGAUGGUGCCAGGUUUCCUCCAGAUGUGACGCUUGGCAUUCAGGUUAAAGAGUUCAAUCUUGGUUUCAUCAGACCAGAGAAUCUUGUUUUUCAUGGUCUGAGAGUAUUUAAAAGCCUUUUGGCAAACUCAGAGUGGGCUGUCGUGUGCUUUUUACUGAGGAGUGGCUUUCAUCCAGCAACUCUACCAUGAAGGCCUGAUUGAUGGAGUGCUGCAGAGAUGGUCAUCCUUCUGGACGAUUCUUCACAGACGAACUCUGGAGCUCUGUCAGAUUGCCAAUCAGGUUCUUGGUCACCUCCCUGACCAAGGCCCUUCUUCCCCGAUCGCUCAGUUUGGCUGGGCGGCCAGCUCUAGGAAGAGUCUUGUGGUUCCAAACAGUUUUUCACAAUUCCUGACAUUUAAUCCUAGUAAAGAUUUCCUGUUUUAGGUCAGUUAGGAUCACCACUUUAUUUUUAGAAUGUGAAAUGUCAGAAUAAUAGUAGAGAGAAGGAUUUAUUUCAGCUUUUAUUUCUUUCAUCGAAUUCCCAGUGGGUCAGAAGUUUACAUUCACUCAAUUAGUAUUUGGUAGCAUUACCUUCAAAUUGUUUAACUUGGGUCAAAUGUUUCAGGUAGUCUUCCACAAGCUUCCCACAAUAAGUUGGGUGAAUUUUGUCCCAUUCCUCCUGACAGAGCUGGUGUAACUGAGUCAGGUUUGUAGGCCUCCUUGCUCGCACACGCUUUUUCAGUUCUGCCCACAAAUUUUCUAUAGUAUUGAGGUCAGGGCUUUGUGAUGGCCACUCCAAUGCCUUGACUUUGUUGUCCUUAAGCCAUUUUGCCACCACAACUUUGGAAGUAUGCUUGGGGUCAUUAUCCAUUGGAAGACCCAUUUGCAAUCAAGCUCUAACUUCAUGACUGAUGUCUUGAGAUUUUGCUUCAAUAUAUCCACAUAAUUUUCCACACUAAUGAUGCCAUCUAUUUUGUGAAGUGCACCAGUCCCUCUUGCAGCAAAGAACCCCCACAACAUGAUGCUGCCACCCUCGUGUUUCACGGUUGGGAUGGUGUUCUUCGGCUUGCAAGCCUCCCCUUUUUCCACCAAACAUAACAAUGGUCAUUAUGGUCAAACAGUUCUAUUUUUGUUUCAUCAGACCAGAGAACAUUUCUCCAAAAAGUAUGAUCUUUGUCCCAAUGUGCAGUUGCAAACCGUAGUCUGGCUUUUUUUAUGGCGGUUUUGGAACAGUGGCUUCUUCCUUACUGAGCGGCCUCUCAGAUUAUGUAGAUAUAGGACUCGGUUUACUGUGGAUAAAUGUACUUUUGUACCUGUUUCCUCCAGCAUCUUCACAAGGUCCUUUGCUGUUGUUCUGGGAUUAAUUUGCACUUUUCGCACCAAAGUACAUUCAUCUCUAGGAGACAGAACACGUCUCAUUCCUGAGCGGUAUGACGUUUGAGUGGUCCCAUGGUGUUUAUACUUGCGUACUAUUGUUUGUACACAUGAACGUGGUACCUUGAGGCAUUUGGAAAUUGCUCCCAAGGAUGAGCCAGACUUGUGGAGGUCUACAAUUUUUUUCUGAGGUCUUGGCUGAUUUCUUUUGAUUUCCCCAUGAUGUCAAGCAAAGAGGCACUGAGUUUGAAGGUAGGCCUUGACAUACAUCCACAGGUACACCUUCAAUUGACUCAAAUUAUGUCAGUUAGCCUAUCAGAAGCUUCUAACGCUAUGACAUAAUUUUCUGGAAUUUUCCAAGCUGUUUGAAGGCACAGUCAACUUAGUGUAUGUAAACUUCUGACCGCAUGGAAUUGCGAUACAGUGAAUUAUAAGUGAAAUAAUCUGUCUGUAAACAAUUGUUGGAAAAAUGACUUGUCAUGCACAAAGUAGAUGUCCUAACCGACUUGCCAAAACCAUUGUUUGUUAACAUGAAAUUUGUGGAGUGGUUGUAAACUUGUGUAUGUAAACUUCCGACUUCAACUGUAAAUACCUAUUACGUGAUUAGUAUUUUUUUCAUUUUUCAAACAUUCUACAAACCUGUUUUCGCUUUGUCAUUUUGGGAUAUUGUGUGUAGAUUGCUGAGGAUUUUUAUUUAUUUAAUCCAUUUUAGAAUAAGGCUGUAAUGUAACAAAAUGUGAAAAAGUCAAGUGGUGUGAAUACUUUCUGAAGGCACUGUAUGUAUGCUUUUAUGGCGUAAAGAGCUCUAACUAUUGACCUGUUUUUUUGUUUGUUUAUUGCUUUGAUUGUAUUGUAGCAAUCUUCAAACAUUAUUUGAUUGUCAUUUUAUUCAAUUUAAAAAGUCUCAUUUUAUUCUAGAGAGAAAAAUGUUAUAAAAACUUUACAUAUGGAGCUAUUUUGCAUUCUGCAUUGAUUUUUGUCUUGUUCUUUCAAUUUAGUCUGUAUUUGAAUUUUACUUGCCUUUUUCUCACACCGUGUUUAAUUAUGAAAGCGAACAAGCAGGUGGAAUGCAAACAUUAUUUCUCGUUGCGAGGGCUGAUGUAACAUUCCAGAUUUGAAGUGCCAUGUUGUCAGUUCUGUUGUCAGUUGGUUAAUAAGGGAUGUUGUUUUGUAUAAGUUCACCCUCAGUAUUUACAUUGUAUUUCUAUUGAAGGUCAAAACAAUAACAGAUUAUUGGCAUAGAAUAGUCAGUUCACAAUGAAGUGGCUGUCUUAUCAGAUUUUGAAACAAAAGUUAAUUGAUGUGCCAUGACUUUCCAUCGUGUGUUUUUUCUCAAGUUGUCAGUAUUGCCUCAGUCUGAACAUGCUUCUGAUCAAGCUUGUUUUGUUUUGCACAUUAUUUAUAUUUUAGUAAAUAUUUUGAUAUUAAACUGCCAUUUUGUGCUACAAA